GCCCUACUAUGAGUUACCCACUAAUUAUUAUUCAUUAAUUAAUAAACAUAUAUUCACGAGUGCACAAUGUAAUGCUAUCCAACAUAAAUACAUUUUCCUUGAACCAUUUUCUUCUUAUUAUCAUCACAAAACCACUACCUAAUCCUUUUCUUCCAAGCCAUUCAAUUCUUACAAAGCAAUGGCAGCAGAACAUGUUUUGAAACUGUUUGAUAUCAACUGGUUUGAGACAUCAAUUUUCACCAACAACAAAAAACCAUCUUCACCAUUACAUUCAACAACAUUACUAGAUGAUUCAACCUCUAUGUCUCAAGUGGAAGAACUUCAUUUUUUAGACACAAAACUCUUAAGAAUUCCAACACUUCAAGUAAGGUCUUUUAGCGACGAAAACUUAGGCACAAAGAUUGGUUCUUUCUCUGAUUCUCUUUCACCAAACUCUGUCCUCACAUCACAGAAGUUGAAACCAAUUAUCUCAGGCAAAGAAGUGGAAGAAUUCACACUAGAAAAAGAAGUAACCGAUACGAAAAAGGUGAGUCAUCGUACUCAUAGAACGAGGCUAAGGAAAGGAAGAAAAACUGCUAGAAGUUUAUCAGAGCUUGAGUUUAAGGAGCUAAAAGGGUUUAUGGAUUUAGGUUUUGUGUUUUCUGAGGAAGAUAAAGAUUCAGGAUUGGUUUCUUUGAUACCAGGGUUGAGCAAAAACCAACACAAUGUUGAUGAAAGUGUGAUUAGUAGGCCUUAUUUAUCUGAGGCUUGGGGUGUUAUAAAGCAAAAGAAAGUUGUUAAUCCAUUGCUUAAUUGGAGGGUACCAACUCUUGGCAAUGAGAUUGAUAUGAAGGAUAAUCUUAAGUUUUGGGCUCACACAGUUGCAUCCAUUGUAAGAUAACAAUUAGCAAGUUUCUUUUCUUUUUUCUUGUCUUGUGGAUGUUCAAAGUUCAAUCUUCUUGAUUUUCUAUGGAAAAGUCUUAAUUGUAUAUAUUUGAUUUGAUUAAUGUACAUUUCCUAAGGUAUUUUUUGUAUCCAAUUUGUA